UUCAACACAGCCACACAGAAGGGAAAAACAGCAGCUCGGUCGAAGACGAUGUCAUUUUUUGGUUCACGCGACCAUGAAGGCUACGUUGGCAGAGAGGAACAUAUGCGAAAAAUUGAAUCGGCCAACUCGGAAGAUGAUACCGAUAUGGUGGAACUGGCACUCGGUGGCCUUCACAUUGCGGAAGGUGUAAGACCCACGGCGGGUGGUCCAUUUUCCGCCCUUACACCCUCGAUGUGGCCACAGGAUAUACUGACCAAGCUGGGCCAACCGGAUCCGGACGAGCCACCAAACCAUCAGCCCGACUAUCGGUUCGACGAGUUUGGGUUUCGUGUCGAGGAAGAGGAUGGUCCGGAACCGAGCUCGAACAAGCUGCUGAGCAUACCGUUCAUCGAAGAUCCAGCUCAACGGUUGCAAUGGAUCGCUCAUCUGGAAUUUUCCCACAACAAAGAAGCGACCGAACUGACAUGGGAAAGCGUGGACGUGAUGCUUCCCCGUACGGAGAAGUUGCGCUCGAUGGUACGGGCAGGCAUUCCGCACUCACUCCGUCCCCAGAUGUGGAUGCGUCUGUCCGGUGCGCUGCAAAAGAAGCUCAAGUCAGAGACGAGCUACCAGGAAAUAGUGAAAGCAUCCUCCAACGAUCAGCUGAUGACAUCGAAACAGAUCGAAAAAGACCUGCUACGCAUCAUGCCUACGAAUGCUUGCUUUAGCUCGCUGAACGGUACCGGUGUGCCACGGUUGAGGCGCAUCCUGCGUGGAAUCGCUUGGCUCUAUCCGGAUAUAGGGUAUUGCCAGGGGACGGGCGUGAUCGCCGCUUCUCUGUUGCUGCUGCUCGAGGAAGAGGAUGCCUUCUGGAUGAUGGCAACAAUCGUGGAGGAUCUGCUGCCGGCCUCUUACUACUCGUCCACCCUGCUAGGCAUCCAGGCUGACCAGCGCGUCAUGCAGACGCUCAUCGGCAACUAUCUGUCGGUGGUCGAUGAAACACUCAAAAGCCACGACAUCGAACUGUCCCUGAUCACACUGCACUGGUUUCUGACCCUGUUUGCGAGUGUUGUACACAUGAAGAUUCUGUUGCGCAUCUGGGACUGGUUCUUUUACGACGGGUCAAUCGUUCUCUUUCAGCUAACGCUCGGUCUGCUGAAGAUAAAGGAACCGAGUGUGAAAAAUCUGGAAAAUUCAGCUCAAAUUUUUAACUCACUCUCAGAUUUGCCGGGCGAUAUCGACGACGUGGAGCAUCUGUUUGCACUUUCGCUCGACGUAGGUGGUUCGUUAUCGCCCAUGGUUAUUGAAACACAUCGCCGUCGCCAUCUUGCCUACCUAAUGGCCGAUCAGGGUGGGUUGGUAGGCAACCCGGAGGCAGCGUCGAACCUGCCGAAGCAACAGCUCGUACGGCGGCAGAUGAAAAAAUCGAAAUCCAUGCUACAAACCAUCCUGUUCGGAAAUGGGACCGAAGGCGACGAUGAGCUAAAGUGCAAAAACAUCCGUACGACCGAACUGUUGGUGGAUUUGCGGGAAGCGAUCCUGAAGGUGGCACGCCACUUCCUAGCAAUCGAACCGAAGCUGGCGGCUCAUAUUAAGCUUGUGGCGGACUACGGCAUGGACAGUCAUGCGAAGGAUCACGAAAACUAUAUAAACGUGUCGAGAACACGCAGUCGACGGGCGAAGGCACUGCACGACUUUGAGCGGCACGAUGACGAUGAGCUGGGCUUCCGGAAGAAUGAUAUCAUUACGAUCGUAAGCCAGAAGGACGAACACUGUUGGGUGGGUGAGUUGAAUGGGUUGCGAGGUUGGUUUCCGGCCAAGUUUGUCGAGUUGCUGGACGAGCGCAGUAAACAGUAUAGUUGCGCCGGGGAUGAUGCGAUUUCGGAAACGGUAACGGAUCUGGUACGCGGUACACUGGCGCCUACCGUUAAGCAGGUGCUCGAGCACGGCAUGAAGCGCCCAUCGUUUCUUGGGGGACCGUGCCAUCCGUGGCUUUUUAUCGAGGAGGCAGCGACGCGCGAAGUCGAGAAGGAUUUUGAAUCGGUUUAUUCGCGUCUGGUGCUGUGCAAAACAUACCGACUCGACGAGGAUGGCAAAGUGCUGACACCCGAAGAGCUUCUGUACCGUUGUGUGCAAUCGGUUAACCAAAGUCACGAUGCAGCACACGCCCAGAUGGACGUGAAGUUGCGAUCGUUAAUCUGUCUCGGAUUAAACGAGCAAGUGUUGCAUCUGUGGCUUGAGGCACUCUGUAGCUGUACCGAGAUCGUACAGAAGUGGUACCAACCGUGGAGCUUCGUGUAUUCCCCUGGCUGGGUGCAAAUCAAGUGCGAGCUGCGGCUACUGUCCCAGUUUGCGUUCAAUCUUAACCCGAACUGGGAGCUGCCUGCCAAACGGGAAGCGGUACAAAGUCAACCGCUAAAGGACGGUGUGCGGGAUAUGCUCGUGAAGCAUCAUCUCUUUUCGUGGGAUCUCUAAUGUU